AUGGCCGCCCAUUUCACGCUUCCGAAGAGCCUCCUGCUUGCCCUGCUGGCAGCGACAGCUGCUACGCCGGCCAUGGCGCUGGACAUCACCGUGUGGUCCGCCGUCGCAUUUAUCAUGUACGGCGAGCGCACGCCGCUGGUCGGGCCCACAAGCCCGGAGCUGACGCCGCUCGGCGCCCAGCAGAUGUUCAGCCAGGGCACGGCGUUCCGCAAUCGCUAUGUGCUCCAGGGCACCGCGAACGCCAGCUCCGCCGCCGACUUCCCCGUCUACGGACUCGAGAGCAAUGCGCUGGACACCAACCAGGUCACGGUGCUCAGCACCGGCGACAGCUACGUUGCCGCAGGUGCGCUCGCCUUUAUGCAGGGCCUCUACCCGCCGCAGACCCACGAGUACGCCUACGACAACGGCGGCCGCUCGGCGGCUGUGCUUGCGAACGGCGCCCUCGUCAACUUCCCGCUCGACGGCUACCAGUACCCGCUUGUCACCACCGCGUCGCUGCAGGAUCCGGCCUCCUCGUGGAUCCAGGGCAAUCUGGCUUGCACCCUGUACCAGCAGUCGGCCAUCGACUACCACAACAACAACGAAGCCGCGACGCUCUACAACAGCACGCUCGGCCUGUACCAGUCGCUGUGGCCCACGCUCUUCCAGACCGUCUUCUCCGAGACCAACACCAACUUUUACUUUGCCUACGAGCUCUACGACUACGCCGCGUACAUGUACAACCACGAUCCCCAGGUCGCCAACGCGCUCAAUGCCUCCCUGCUCGAGGACCUGCGCAUCUUUGCCUCCGCCCAGCAGCGCGACCUCAAUGCCAAUCUGACCGUCUCGGGCAAGUACACCGGCGACAUGAUCCGUGCCGUGACCGGUCGCAUGCUUGCGCAGCAGGUUGUCAACUUUUUCCGCGGCAACAUUCUCAACAGCGGCGCCAGCAACAAGCUCAGCCUCAUGUUCGGCUCCUUUGAGCCCUUUGUGGCCUUCUUCGCCCUGUCCGGCCUCCUGGGCGGAGACGAUUUCGCCGUCUUCGAGUCUCUCCCUGGCAACGGCGGCGCCAUGGUCUUUGAGCUGUACUCGUUGUCGGCCAACGACUCGACCGUGGCCAACAACACCGUCUACCCGGGCCCGUCGGACCUCUUCGUGCGCUUCCUAUACGUGCCGGACACCGACGCCGACAGCAAGUUGACCUCGUAUGAUAUUUUCAACAGCACCCAGGUCAACAUCCCGUACUCUGCGUUUGCCAGCGCCAUGCAGGGCAUCGGCUUCGACUCGGUGGCCGUCUGGUGUGACACCUGCGAUGGUGUGAGCGUGUUUUGCCCCGGCAUGCUGGAGAAUGCUGGCUACGGCGACGGCUGCAGCAGUGGCUCCGGGUCGUCGGGCGGCGGCAGCGGAGGCCUCCGGAGUCAGAGCGGUGGCAUGGCGCCCGCCGUCGCAGGCGUCAUCGGGGCGCUUGUGACGCUGGCCGUGGUUGGUUUGGCGAUUCUGGCGGCCAUGCUCCUUGGGGGCCUCCGCUUCUUCUUCGCGGGCGGCCGUCGCGGCAGCCACGGCGGCAACAAUGGCACGGAUAAGUCGGGCAUCUUCAAGAAGCGCUUCAGCUUUGGCAGCGGCGGCUUCAAGGGCGGCGAGCGCAAGAUGGCCGACGCCGAUGUGGCCGUCUCCAAAACGGGCGUGGGCCACGAGCGCGUCGGCAGCUGGGAGCUGCGCAAUGGAAGCAGCGCCGGCAACAACGCGGCGGCCGCAACGUCUGGCACCUCUGCAGCGGGUGCAGCGGACGUCGAGUCUGGCGAGCCUGCGACGCGCACAGAGCGCGUCCGGUCAACCAUUGUCAACCGCGACCCCGGAGAGGACGAUGACGCUAUCAUGGCCGACCUGGGACUCAACCCCGUCGACCCGCGGGAGCAUAUCUAA